GCACCGUUCAAAUUGCCGUCUCUACUCUCUUACGGCAUCCAUAUAUCUCAGCAGCCCGUCUUCUUCCUUGCUCUCUUCCGUUUCUCCAUUUUGGGGAAGUUCUGUCAGCUGCCGCUUCCAUAGAAGACGAUUGCAAAAUUGGAAGCUAAGAUCACUGCUCAGUGAAGCAGAUAAAGUCGUUGAUAUUAAUCGAGCCAUGAAUUCCCGAAGGGAUUACCGGUCAAAUAGAUCUGCUUUGUUUGAUGGCAUUGAGGAGGGUGGUAUUAGGGCCUCAUCAUCCUACUCCUCCCAUGAGAUUGACGAGCAUGACAAUGAAAGAGCAAUGGAUGGGUUGCAAGAUAGAGUCAGUCUGCUAAAAAGAUUGACUGGCGAUAUACAUGAGGAGGUGGAGACCCAUAACCACGUGCUGGACAGAAUGGGCAAUGACAUGGAUGCAUCGAGGGGAAUCUUGUCCGGAACAAUGGAUCGUUUCAAGAUGCUGGGAAUGAUAACCUACCUUUUUCUUUGCGUCGCCGUCAGGUAUUCGAGACGAAGUCAAGCCAGAAAAUGUUUACUCUCGUUGCAUCAUUUGUUGUCAUUUUCCUAGUCAUAUACUAUCUCACUAGGUAAUCAAUAUGUUGUCAAUUUCAUACAAAACUGCUAGAUUUUUGUCAAAACUGGGAAGACACUUCAUUUUGGGACUGUAAUUUACAAUGGUUCCUGACUGGUGCAAGCUGUAAGAUAAUGGGGCAUGUGAGUUGUGUAAAGGUAUUUCAGUGUUUGGACGCCUGAAAUGGGUAGCAACAUGUUUGCGCUCCUCAUUUAAAACCAAUCAAAUAUUGAAAUGUUUCUUCCUUGUCA